AGAUCUGCCGAACCAUAAAAAAUGCGGAGAAAAAAAAAACGAAAAAAAAAAUCUCAUUUUGAUCUCGAGAAUCCAACAAUUGUAUCAGGAAUCACAAGAUCGAACUGAAGAUAUUCCUUGCUUGCCCAACCAACGUGUGGCUGGGAGCCUCAACAAUUGUGCCACACGCAACCUCUCAAAAAAGCUUCGAUGAACAAAAAAGCAGCAAUUUUGUUCAAGGAACAGAACAAGAAGAAGAGAGGAAGAAGCAAAGAUCAACCCCCCUACUGUGAUUGUUCUGUCACAAAUUGCUGUACGAGGUAAGAAAGACUCCAUUUUGAUCUGAUCCAAGCCUCCCCAUGGCGAAGCUCGCAGCCCAGGGGGGUCUCAGGAUGAUCUUGAGUGGCGACAAGUUGUCACUUUGGUCGGGGAAGAGGAUUGUCGAGAGGUCGGUAGGGAUCCCCAGAGGAGUACUCAUGUCUCCUGGUGGUUCUAGGGUUUGGGCUGUGGGGAGGAAGUCGAGCAGGGGCUCCAGAGUCGAUGAACGCAGGAGUUUGGAGGAUAAAGAUGUUGAAGAAGAAGAAUCCGAAGACGAGGAAGAGGAGGAGGACGAGCAGUUCAAAUCGGAUGAAUUCUCUUCUUUCAGAGGGUUGGUGUUGGAUAUCUCUUAUAGGCCUAUUAAUGUCGUUUGCUGGAAGCGGGCAAUAUGUCUGGAAUUCAUGGACAAGGCAGAUGUUCUUGAAUACUAUGAUCAAACCGUGUCUUCGCCCCAAGGAUCAUACUAUAUUCCAGCUGUUUUGCAGAUUCCACAUUUGCUUCAAGUUGUCAAGAGAAGACGGGUUAAACACAAUCUUAGUCGAAAAAACAUAUUUUUCAGGGAUUCUUUCACUUGCCAAUAUUGUUCUUCUCAUCAAGACUUGACCAUUGAUCAUGUAAUACCAACUUCACGCGGCGGUGAAUGGACGUGGGAAAAUCUGGUGACUGCAUGUGCAAGAUGUAACUCAAGGAAGGGAAAGAAAACAUUGGAAGAGGUGAACAUGAGGCUGCUUAAGAUUCCUAAGGUCCCUAAGGAUUAUGACAUCCUCGCCAUACCUUUGACAACAGCUGCGAUAAAAAUGCUGAAGAUGAGAAAAGGAGUCCCUGAGGAAUGGCUGCAGUACCUCGCCCAGCCAAGUCCAUAGGACACUCUGAUUUAGAUCAUUUAAUGGUCGCUUUGUGUCGGAGGCAUUUGGAUUUUAUUGGUUUGGAUCGAGCCAAAUGACAUAAGAAGAUUCAUAUAAUUGACCUCACGUAGUAAGGAUAAAGACGGGUUAUUGUUCUUGUAGGUCAUGUACAUAAACAUUGUAACUCAAUAAGCGACACUUUGUUGCUAAUAGCUCUAAUGCAAUCUUAACUGGUUAAUGUA